AUGGCCAGAAAAUGGCAUUUCGUGUAGGACGAUAACUGGGUUAAUAAAUGCGCAUAUAGACUGUUUGUAAAAACGAAAAUAUACAGCAAAAUUUGGUCUUACCUUGCAUAGAAACAGUUCUUUGUACAAGACUAUAGGUGGCUAUGCAGAUCCAUACUUUCAGCGCUAUUUUGAUCGUGUUGAAGUUUGUCAUUAACUCUGAUGGUUUCCUGCUACACGGCUCUGCUGGUCCUCUAACAGCCCGGCUGGGAGGAGCUGUACUGCUGCCCUGCUUUGUGGACAGACCCCUGCCUUUGGAGGAGCUGGAGGUGGACUGGAGAAGGACUGAUUCAGACACCAUCGUGCACCUAUUCCAGGGGGGUCAGAGCAGACCUGAAUCACAGGGGGACGCCUACAGGGGCAGAGCCCACUUCUUCUCUCAGGAAAUCCCCAAAGGCAACUUCUCUCUGCUGCUUGAGGAAGUGAGAACUGCUGAUGCAGGAGUGUACAAGUGUGUGGUUUAUACAGAGCAGGAGAACCAUGAAACACGGGUGGAAAUACAGGAAGUAGAGCGGCUGGUGGUGACGGGUGCAGAUGAGCCUGUCUAUGCACAUACUGGAGAGGAUGUGACUCUCAGCUGCUCUGUGGACACCCAUGUUAAUGUGACAGAGCUUCAGGUGGAAUGGAAAAAGACAGACGAUGACGGUGACAUCUUGGUGCUUCUGUAUGCUGAUGGAGAGAACAGACCAGAGUCUCAGGAUGGGAGAUACUCUGGAAGAGCUGAAUUCCUCACAGAGGAAAUUCCCAAAGGAAACUUCUCAAUGAAACUGAGGAAAGUCAGGACUGAAGACAAAGGAGACUUCAGGUGUGAAAUCCACUCAGAUACUGAUUCUGCCAGUACAACAGCCAGGAUAGCAGCACUGGGUUAUUCAUCCCUGCAUUGGCUGAUUCUGGGGCUGUGCAUCGCUGUCACACCUGUAGUCCUACUUACUGGUGCUUUAUCUGUCAGGCAUUUAAGAAGGGAAGAUAAAAGCAAACGGGCUCUGCUGAGUCACUGUUCACAUGUCACAGUCCCACAGAUCAUGGUUUCAGCAGCCUUCAUCCUGUGGGGUGUAACUGAAGGAUCCAGUGGAGAAGCUGCUACUUGUGCUGUCAUCAGUCUGCUGUAUAUCCUGGUGCUGUUUGUUAUGGCUCCAUAUCAGGAAAUAUUUACAGUUACAUGGCAGUUAAUUAUACGCACCAGUCUGAGCUCUGCAUUUCCCAUCAUUAUGUUGGCUGCACUAACAGGUUCAUUCAUUAGGUUUGCAUCAAAAUAUUCCACAACUACAUCUGAGAAAGUAAUAUAUGGAUGCUUUUAUUGUGAAAUCCUAUGCAUGGUCAUCUUUUUUCUUAUAUUCCAAAUUGUCAACAUUGUGUUUUGCAUGAAAAAUUUCAAGGACAAAGAAAAAAUAUAUAUAAUACUUGACUAUGUAGUUGGAAUAACUGGAAUCAUAUAUCUGGUCGUCAUGGUUUCACCUAUAAUUGCUGUCAGUGUUUUUCUGGCAAAAUAUUCUGAUGCAGUUUGGAAGGAACAACUUGGAACAUUAUUCACUAUAUUUAUGUUUCCAAUACUCAUGGUUCUAUUCCCAACUUGUCUCUCUGUGUUUCGGAUGAUACGCUCCCGAACGAAGGGAAGAAGAGUACGGCCUAGAGACAUUCUUGUAGUCAUGGCUUAUUUCCUGUAUGAUCCAACAAUGUUUAACAUGCUGUUCCUUGCUAUUUAUUCCCAACUCAUUUCCUGGAGUAAAAAAAUUUUUAAAUUAGAAUAUUCAGUUCCGACUGCAGUAGCUGCUUUGGGAAUGUGUGCCUGCAUGAUUAUCAAGGAUUAUUUAUUGUAUCAUGAAAAAAGGCGCUUGGAGGGAUUUUACUAUUUUGCCCAGAAAAUCCUUCUGGGGAUUUUCUUCCUGCUUCACCUGAUAUUAAGUUUCCUGUAUGUAAGUCUGAUUUUUGAACAUGACAAAGGACGACCUGUAAAGAUCUGCGAGUUUGUGUUUGUCUACAUUCUGACUGUAACAUUGCUCUUUCGAUUCUGGAAGCGGGAACAUUUACUUGCCCAACCCUGUAAAUAUGUAUAUUUCUCAGGGGCUUUUACUCUCCCUCUCCUGAAUUCUGUUCCUCUGGCUGUAGCAUUAAAACUCAAAGCAGACACAGGAAAACAAUCAUUGGAUCUACAGCAGAUUUUCGUGGUUUCUGGGUCUGUCUUCCUCUUUGGCUGGUUUGUUAUACAGAUGUUUGCAUACUGGUUGGCCAAAAAAGAAAAAAUAAGAAAAGAAUUGGGCUUGGUUGAGAGAAAGCAAGAUCCUGAGCUGGAGCAGGAGCGGUAUCGGGCCCUGUAUGACAACACUGCAGCAGAAGAGGAUGAAGUGUCCUUUCAGCACGGCGACAUGAUCCUGGAUGUGCAGCAGAUUGACGAGGGCUGGACAUAUGGGCAUGUGGAGCGCACAGGCCAGCAGGGCAUGGUGCCUGGCCAGUAAAAUAACAGUAUGAGUAGAUGCAGAUGCAAGGUAUCAGCAGAGCAUGUAGUCACAGGAACUCAACUGGAAUUCAACUGGAAUUCAACUGGCCCGAUUAAAGUUCUGAUCUGACCUGCAAGAAAUUUUGCAUAUCGAAUGAACUCGAAUCCCUCCAAAAAACUGUUUCCGUAGGGGGUGUACAGUAUCAUGCGAAAUCUCUUCUGCUGUCUGAAUUCCCUCUGCCUGUGUUGUUAGGCUGAUGAAGCAAUCGCACUGAUGCAGUUUGAGGGCACCCUGUACAUUUCAGGAUACCCCAUACUUUCAAGUUCACCCUUUCCAUUGCAGCAAGAGUUCACAUAUCAGUAAAAUAUGAUUAGAAAUGUUUUGCAAAAAGUGUGGUUUUAUUAUUACUAAGAAAUUGUUUACAUUUAGAUUGCUGCUACAACUAACGUUUUAUUAGAUUAUUAAUAUUUAUAUCACUCCAUAGCUAUAUGUUUUAUUUGUCCUACUUAUAUAAAAUAUGUUCAUAAAUGUUUUUUAAAGGUGUGUUUUUAUUAAUACAAUAUCGUUUACCUUUAAUUUCAUAGUAUAACCAACAUGUCAUGUUAGAUUAUCAUUGUAUAUACAGAUAAUAUAUUC